GUGUAAUUCUGAGAACAGUCUGGUUAAAAAAAAAUCCGGAGGUGUAGUCCUGAUCUUGACGAUGGCGGGAUCUAGAGCGGAAGUGACGUUAAACCCUGGAAGGAAAACUAACUGCCGUGAGUCCCUGCAUAUCCGGAAGUAACCGCGGCCUAGUGAGCGGCGCUCCUUGAGAGGUAAGGGGGGGAGUCGCCGAGCGAUGGCGCCGGUGUCCCGCUCGAGGAGCCCGGUGGCGUCUCCAACCUCUCGACGGGGACGGGCCGCUGCCUCGGCCAGCCCUUCCCCGCCAAGGUCGAGCCGGAGCAGCAGAAGGUCCCGCUCGAGGUCUCGGUCCCGCGAGCGCAACGGCUUCAGGCAGCGCCCCGGACCUGCGCAUCACUUCAGCCACCGACACGGCCCCGAACAUUACGGCAAGGAGCAGGAGGAGUCGCUGCGGCAGAGGAGGUUAAAUGAGAGAGAGAGAAUAGGUGAACUUGGAGCACCUGAAGUUUGGGGAUUCUCGCCAAAGGUUCCAGAUCCAGAUUCAGAUGAACAUACCCCUGCAGAAGAUGAAGAUGGAAUAUCUAAAAAAAGCAGCUCCUCUGAUUCCAGCUCAGAAGAGGAGGAAAGGAAAAAGAAGAAAAAGAAAAAAAAGAAAAGAAAAGCUCUUUCACAUGCAGAAGAAAAAAAGAAAGCCAAGAAGAAGAAAAAGAAGCACAGAAAAAAAAAGUCUAAGAAAAAAAAGUCUAAGAAGAACAGGAAAGACUCCAGUGACUCAAGCACAGAAGAUUCUGAUGACGAAGCACUGCAAGGAGAUGAGCUGUGGAUUGAGAGAUCAAAAAAUGCAGAUUCUGUGGAUUUCAUAGGACCUGAAGCUCCGAUUACUCAUGCUUCUCAAGAUGACCGACCUUUGAACUAUGGACAUGCCUUGCUCCCAGGUGAAGGUGCUGCCAUGGCAGAGUAUGUAAAAGCUGGGAAGCGCAUCCCUCGGAGAGGUGAAAUCGGCCUAACUAGUGAAGAGAUUGCAUCAUUUGAAAAGUCUGGCUAUGUAAUGAGUGGCAGCAGGCACCGGCGAAUGGAAGCAGUGCGUCUACGUAAAGAGAACCAGAUCUACAGCGCAGAUGAGAAGAGAGCUCUAGCAUCUUUCAAUCAGGAGGAGAGGCGGAAGAGAGAGAACAAGAUCUUAGCAAGCUUCCGGGAGAUGGUGUACAGAAAAACGAAGGGGAAAGAUGACAAAUGAACUAUUUGCUUCCUCUUGAUAGAAAAUGGAUUUGAGUUGACAUUGAUGAAUCUCACCUGCUACGGUGAUUUGCAAACAAGUUAAUCUUGGGUCACCGUUCCUCUGGGCCAGUUAAACCCCUUGGCAGACUGGCUUGGGUGGCCUAUUGAUCAGCUUGUAGGACAUUGGCAGACACAGAAUUACUUGGUCCUACAGGUACCAAGAUGAGCAAGGCAUGUCUCCACACAGAAUAGACCAAAACAUUGCCAGGAGGGUGAUGAGAUACUGCCACAAUUUCAACUGGAUUCUUUGUUCACCCCUGGAGAUCUGAAAUAAAGGACACUCUUUAAAAUUCUGAACAGCACAGUAACUGAAGCUUAUGACAGCAAAAAACCAAAAACCCAGGGGCUUUUAAAAGUUGGGGAAUUUGCUUAAAAGCAUCUUUUGGUAUAUUCUUAUUAAGAGAGUACUGGGCCUCCUGAGUGACAGGCUGAACGAGUUGAAGUUAUACCUUUUAUUGGACCGGAGAAUCAAAUAAAAGAUGGGCCCAAUAAAACAGCAACACGCUUAAUAUGAGCAUCACCUUUUAAGCUUUCUAUCUAGAACAAGUCUCGUUGGUUAGUGUUUUUGCUCUGUUUUUAUUUUAAUAGAGUGACUUAAUUCGUAGAUUUGGUUUCAUGACUUUGGAUUGUCAUUAUAUACAUAUAUAUAUAUAUUUAACAUAACAAUACUGAGAAUCUGAUCUAUAUAAUUUUACAAGAGAGGGGAGCAGCUUGAGGAGAAUAGAGAUUUUGCUGCCUGACUUUGUGGUGUAAAUAAUGCUUUGCAAGGUAGAAGGGUGGAAAUCUGUAGGUCAUGAUGGGGUAAACCUAACAUUGUUUUUAUUUUAGAUACUCAGUUUCAUGGUUCAUUUCCACCACCACUAUUUAUUUUAGUCAUCCGAUAUGUGGGCAAGUGCCAAGCAGCAGAACUUCUGGGGAGGGCCACCUCUGCUUCUGAAAUUUUCCCAUACGGCAUAGCAAGCUGCUCCUGAAAUUCAGGGGAACCUCAGGAGUUCCCCCAAGACAACAUUAGGAGCUGCAAUCUGGGAAACAGAAUAGUGGGGGAGGGCUUUGUCAGAUAUCCAAAUAAAUUCCCCCUCCCUUCAAUUGCUAAAAAUGAGUAUUUCUGGAAAUAUAUUUUUUAAAAAUAAAGUGUUUCCUUGGA